AUGCAAACGCCACUGACCAUGUGGUGGAUGGUUUUGCUGGUUGCUGCCAUUGAGACCGUACAUGCGGCAUCCCGAGACCAAUGGCUCGGACGGUCAGUCUACCAAGUAGUCACCGAUCGCUUUGCUCGAUCAGACAAUUCAACCACUGCGUUAUGUGAGGCGGCGCUGGGAGAGUACUGUGGUGGGAGUCUACAGGGCAUCAUAAACAAGCUGGAUUAUAUCCAGGACCUUGGGUUCGAUGCGGUAUGGAUAUCUCCAGUGCAAAGCCAGGAAUCGACUCUCACGGCGGAUCUUUCAGCAUACCAUGGGUAUUGGCCGAACGACUUGUAUUCCAUCAACUCCCAUUUCGGCACAUCCGAUGACCUCAAAAAGUUGUCCACAGCGUUGCACGCGCGUGGCAUGUACUUGAUGUUGGACAUAGUGGUAGGCGACAUGGCCUGGGCUGGAACUUCCUCCACUGUCGAUUACAGCAAGUUCAAUCCAUUCAAUGACAAGAAAUACUUUCAUGGCUAUAAGUUACUUUCUAAGGAUCCCAUGAAUGACACCUGUGUUUUGGAUUGCUGGAUGGGAGACAACACCAUAUCGCUUCCAGAUCUACGAAAUGAGGAUCAUGAAGUCCAGCAGAUGCUGGGUACCUGGGUUUCGCAGUUGGUUUCAAAUUACUCAAUUGAUGGCUUGCGAAUCGACAGCGUGUUGAACAUUCCUCCCGUAUUUUUCUCGAAUUUCACCAGAGCAGCUGGGGUUUUCACUAUGGGCGAGGGAGCCACAAGAGACGCAUCUGGUUAUUGUUCUCUUCAACCGGGUCUGAGCGGACUUUUGAAUUAUCCGCUGUAUUAUAUUCUCUCGGAGGCCUUCAAUACGACCAAUGGAGACCUGAACAGAAUUGUACAGUCCAUCGACUAUAUCAGAUCAAACUGCGAGGACGUGCUUCCCUUGGGAACAUUCACAUCGAAUCAGGAUGUUCCUCGCUUCGGGUCGUAUACCUCAGACAUCUCGCUGGCUCGAAACAUUCUCACGGUCAGCAUGCUCGCUGACGGUAUUCCAAUCCUUUACUACGGUGAAGAACAGCACUUGUCGGGUGCAUACAACCCGGUCAACCGGGAAGCCCUAUGGCAUACCAAAUACUCGAUGAAAUCGAGCUCCCUACCUUCGCUGGUUCAGUCAUUGAAUCGCAUUCGGACAUAUGCGAGUGGCGACGGAGAAAAGUCUGUGGUCGGCUCGGAGUCAGGAAAUGACUAUCUCUCGUACCUAUCAUUGCCAAUCUACAACUCAAGCAACAUCUUGGCCACACGCAAGGGAUUUACCGGUAACCAGGUUGUAAGCGUGGUAUCCAACUUAGGUGCCAAGCCAGCCACCAAAGCCACCACCAAAAUCACGCUUGGCUCCGACGGUACGGGAUUCUCAUCCGGACAAAAUGUGACCGAGCUUAUUUCUUGCAAAACAUAUGUGAUCGAUUCAAGCGGAAACCUCAAAGUGGACCUCAGCUCGGAUGGAGGGCCGCGGGUGUACUAUCCUACCGAGAGUCUGAAACGGAGCUCUAAUAUCUGUGGAGAUCACAUCCACACAUCAACAACCUCGUCAACCACUGCGAAGCCUUCUACCGGUGCUGGGAAUUCUUUAUUGGGUUUGUCGUGGGGGACGGGGACAUUGAUCGCCGCAGCUGCAUUCACCGCGUCCUGCAAUUUUAUCUAA